GAGUAUCCUACAUUUACUAUAUCUAUUUAGAUAGAACAGUCACAAUGUUGGUUAAACAACAAAGAUUAAAAAAAAAUGUUUUUAUGUAAGGGCUUAUUGAUAAGUCUUCUUCAUUUUGUCGUAGCAGCUCAGGACAAAAAGGACUAUACCUGUUCAAUUUCUUUAAAUGGCAAUGUAUUCGAUUUGAAGACAUUAAUGAACAUGGUAUCUACUAUGCAAGGACAGCUAAAAGGAAUCGAAGCAGAUGUGAAAGGCCGUCAAGGUACUCUGAUUAACAGAGGUUACAUUGGAUGCUUUAGAGACCGUAAUUCCAUGCUUCGAUCACGUAUAAUCAAACAUAUUUCACAAUUAACAUUGGAGAAAUGUCGAGAGUUGUGCAGAGGAUAUACAUUUUUGGGUUUGCAAUAUAGUAAUGAAUGUUUCUGUGGGAACACUAUCGACUCCGCCAAUCAUAGACCUGCCCCAGAGAGAGAAUGUAACAUGAAAUGCAGUGGGGAAAACCGAAUGUGUGGUGCAGGAGAUAGAAAUUCAGUUUAUAGAGUGAGGAAUAUAGAGUGAAAAAUAUGUGCUGAUGCUGUAUCGUUUAUGAGAAGAUUUCUCCAAGAACAAACCAUUCAACUUGAAUCUCCAAGAGAACUCUAUUUGAUUUGUUAUUUUAUUUAACAAUAUGACUUUUUUCCCUUCUAAAUGCAAUGAAAAUCUUCCCUUUAUUCACCUUUUGAUUUGUUAUACUAGUACUAUGUAAAAAUAUGAUGACUGUUUUUCUUAAAAAUGCAAUAAAAAUCAUCACUUA